AUGAAACAUUUCAAACAACCCAAUCGACAGUUCUCCAACACGUCAUCUACCUAUUCCAACCAAACUCAACAAUCAAGUCAGUCAAACCAAUCAGCCCAAUCAGCCCAAUCUUCAUCUUCCGUUAUAAUCAAUAAGUUGGCAGAUGACGACACGAAACAUUCUUUAAAUAAUGUUCUAGACUAUAUAAAUAAGGUAGAUGAGUUUAAUCCUAAUGAUUUGUAUCUGCAGAGACAACAGAGGAAGUUCGUGACAAAGUUUGGUACUUCCUAUCAUCAAAAAUCCCAGUCUGCCGAAGAUUUUACCAGUAAUAGCUCAAAUACAAAAUCCCAUAAUCUGCAAUUUGGCGAUGGAUUUGAUGCCGAUGGAGAUGAUGAAGAUUAUGAAGAAUCAUUGAAUGGUGAAGACGAUCUUGAAGAUAUACCUAAUAGAGUGGCUAUACUUGAAGACCAUCCCCUUACUAGUCUUGAACCUAAAGAUGAUUAUGAUGAUGAUGAUGACAUGUUAUUACCUCCAUCACCCCCUCGUUCACCUCCUAAAGAAUUAGAUCCUGAUAAAUUAUACGGACUUUACGACUUUUCCGGUCCAGAUCCUUCUCAUUGUUCCAUCACACGAAAUGAACCGGUUUUCCUUAUAAAUGAUCAAGACAAUUAUUGGUGGUUAAUCAAGAAACUUACUAAAGAUCAGAGAAAGCAAUUGUUACUCGAACGAUCCAGAAACUUUGAAGAUGAUUACAGUGAUGUUGAAACUGAUGAAGAAGAUGGUAAAGUAGGAUUUGUUCCUGCUGAAUGUCUUGAAACUCAUGGUGAGAGAUUGGCUCGAUUAAAUUGUUUUAAAAAUGAAGAAUUAGAACGUUCAUCAAGAGAUUUACUCAUAAAACUGUCUAAUCCAAGUUCCAGCCCUAGCGUUGAUAACAUCACGGAAAAUAAAUCCUUCUCUUCCAUUGGUUUAGGAUCUCCAGCGAAUUUCCAAAAAUCUCCAGACACGACCUUGUCCCGAUCGGGAAGCAUUUUACGAGAUCCCAACACUACCAAACAAUCCAUUAACAAAUCAGUGACUUUUGAAGAUUUAAGUGUUAUGGAGAAUGAGGAUGAAGAAGAGAUGUCAGGUAAUAUCUUGAACAACUUAUCAGAUGAUUCCAUCAAGGAACAACAGUUCCCUGAACAUUAUUAUGAUAAUUUAUCAAUCCCUAAGAUCGAGGAUGAAGAAAAGCGGUCAGAAGUCAUGAGUGAUAUUUACCCUAGUGAAACUCCGUUAUUGAUAAGUAAGCGUAAAGAUAGUCCUAUGCCAGAGAAACAUGAAUUCAAACAGUCGACGAUACCUGAAGUAACGACAAUUCUGGCUCCAAGGGAUAAUGAGGAUUCCGGUGUGGAAAGCGAAGUCUCUGACCAUGAUACAUAUGGACAUGAAGGCCAUGGUGAUACCUAUGGUGAUGAGGGUUAUGGUAACGAUGCUUAUGGCGACAAUGCAUACCAAGACAAUGCUUACGACCAACACUCAAUGGAUAACAUCUCCGUAAAUACAAAUAGUGACCACGAGAGAGUAUCUGUGCAAUCCCAAUCAUCUCCGCAAGAAUCUCCAGAAUCCCAACCAUCACCUGUUGACGCUAGAAAGUCACCACAAACUCCACAGAGUAACUACCAAACUCCUAAUCUUAUACCGUCAUCACAAUUUCAAACCAAUUCCCAAUUCGAUCAAUUUAAAACCCCCAAUGAAGACACUCCCGACAAUUUCAAAACUCCUACCGGUAGAUCGUCCGGACCUUCAACUCCUCAUAGUGAAAGGAUCCGAAGAUCUCAAUUAUUGGAUCGUUUGAACCAAGUAACAGCCGAUAUUCAAAAUGAAUUAAGUGAUUAUAGUCGAGAACUAGGUGAAGAUUUGGAAACCAAAGAUUUGAAAGAUUAUGAUAAUCCUUACUAUAACCAAGGAUUCUUGACAGUUUUCGAAAAUGGUAGUUUUUCCAGUAGGUCAGCUCUCGAAGAAUCACCUGAAAAGGAAGAAAAGAAAGAAGAAGAUUAUGAUUCCGGUUAUGAUGAACUUGUCAACCAACUCGAAGAAAGUUAUAAAGAAGAGGGUAAUGUUACCCCUUUGACUUCGACUAAUUCUCUUACUCAUGAUUUAGAUAAGAGAAAAUCCAAACCAGUUCAUGACAUGUUUAAACCAAUCUUAGGAAAAUUCGAUGAGUUAGCUGAGAAGUUAGCUGAGAUUGAUGAGAUGCUUUAG